UUUUCCCGAGCUUCUCUCUGGGCUAGGCCCGAAGUUUUGGGGGAGGGAGAUUCAGAGAUCUUUGUGGCAAAUUCCUGGAACUCCAGAGACUCUCAACCUGGCCCCCUCCUCCUAGUCCACCACAAACAUCACCCCACCCGGCCAGCUCAGUCUCCCCAGCCCCCAUUCCACGUGGACUCGCCAGGGCGGGGUAGGGAGGGAGGACAGGAAGGGGGAGAGUCAACUCUGAGGAGGGGGAAGGAGGCUGACGGCUGGCGUCAGCUCUCAUUGCCGACGUCCUCGAUCUGGGCACCAUGUUCCUUGAGGGGUCCCUCAGUCACACCCUCCGCCGGCUCCCCAUCCUGCGGUUGCUGCUGCUUCUACAGAUUUCGGAGAGGGGGCUGAGCCGUGCCAGCCGGGCCGGAGCUCCCUUGGAAGAUGUGGUCAUCGAGAGGUACCAUAUCCCCAGGGCUUGUCCCCGAGAAGUGCAGAUGGGGGAUUUUGUGCGUUACCACUACAAUGGCACUUUCGAAGAUGGGAAGAAGUUUGACUCCAGCUAUGACCGUACCACCCUGGCAGCCAUCAUUGUGGGUGUUGGCCGCCUCAUCACUGGCAUGGACAGAGGUCUCAUGGGCAUGUGUGUUAACGAGCGCCGUCGCCUCAUUGUGCCUCCCCACCUGGGCUACGGCAGCAUUGGUGUGGCGGGCCUCAUUCCCCCUGAUGCCACCCUCUAUUUUGACGUGGUCCUGCUGGAUGUGUGGAACAAGGCAGACACGGUGCAAAUGACCAUCCUCCUGCGCCCUCCUUCCUGCCCCCGCAUGGUGCAGAACAGCGACUUCGUGCGGUACCAUUACAACGGCACUUUGCUGGAUGGAACCGCCUUUGACAACAGCUACAGUAGUGGAGGCACGUAUGACACCUACAUCGGCUCUGGUUGGCUGAUUAAAGGCAUGGACCAAGGGCUGCUGGGCAUGUGUCCUGGAGAGAAAAGGAAGAUCAUCAUUCCUCCCUUCCUGGCUUAUGGGGAGAAAGGCUAUGGGACUGUGAUACCCCCGCAGGCCUCCCUGGUCUUCUAUGUCCUGCUGAUUGAUGUCCACAACCCGAAGGACACAGUCCAGCUGGAGACACUGGAGCUGCCCCGGGACUGUGUCCGACGAGCGGUGGCAGGGGACUUCAUGCGUUACCACUACAAUGGCUCUUUAAUGGAUGGUACCCUCUUUGAUUCCAGCUACUCCCGCAACCACACCUACAAUACCUAUGUUGGACAGGGUUACAUCAUCCCUGGGAUGGACCAGGGGCUGCAGGGCACAUGCGUAGGGGAGCGAAGGAGGAUUACUGUGCCCCCUCACCUUGCCUACGGGGAGAAUGGAACAGGAGACAAGAUCCCUGGCUCAGCUGUGCUCAUCUUUGACGUGCACGUCAUCGACUUCCACAACCCUUCGGACCCUGUGGAAAUCAAGACGCUGUUCCGGCCACCUGAGAACUGCAAUGAGACAUCCAAGAUUGGGGAUUUCAUUCGCUACCAUUACAACUGUUCUCUGCUGGAUGGCACCAGGCUCUUCUCUUCCCACGACUACGAGGCCCCUCAACAGGCCACCCUUGGCGCCAACAAAGUGAUCGAAGGUCUGGACAGGGGCCUGCAGGGCAUGUGUGUGGGAGAGAGGAGGCAGCUCAUUGUGCCCCCACACCUGGCCCACGGGGAGAAUGGAGCCCGGGGUGUCCCUGGCAGUGCUGUCCUGCUAUUUGAGGUGCAGUUGGUGUCCCGAGAAGAGGGCCUGCCCACAGGCUACCUCUUUGUGUGGCACCAGGAUCCUCCAGCCAGCCUGUUUGAAGACAUGGAUCUCAAUAAAGAUGGAGAGGUGCCCCCAGAAGAGUUCUCCUCCUUCAUCAAGGCUCAAGUGAGUGAAGGCAAAGGGCGCCUCAUGCCCGGGCAAGACCCUGACAAAACUAUAGGAGACAUGUUUCAGAACCAGGAUCGAAACCAAGAUGGCAAGAUCACGGCCGAGGAACUCAAGCUGAAGUCAGACGAGGACCGGGAGCAGAUCCAUGAGGAGCUCUGAAGGCCAGAGUCUCAGGGCUGACCUCAGACGCAAAGGCCCUCUGCUGGGGGACGGUGGCGGCGGA